UUGCCCCAUGCAAAAUUAUAAUUAUAAAUAAAAAUAAAUAAAUACAACUCUCUCUUCUCUCUUCCCAAUAUAAAUUCCCAUGCAAACACACCCAAAAAAACCCAUUAUUUUCUCAAAACACAAAAAAAAUUAUGGAGGUUGAAACUACUAGUACUAUUGCUUCUACUAGAAAACCCAAUAAUCUAUUGCAUGUUUCAGAUUCGGGUUCGGGACCCGACCCGGGUAAAGCUCCCUUCAGAAAACUAAUCGCCGUAGCUUCAAUCGCCGCGGGGAUCCAAUUCGGUUGGGCCUUACAGCUUUCUUUACUGACCCCAUACGUUCAACUCCUCGGCAUUCCUCACACUUGGGCCGCUUUUAUCUGGUUAUGCGGCCCAGUUUCCGGAAUGUUGGUCCAGCCCAUUGUCGGUUACCACAGCGACCGCUCUACCUCCAGAUUCGGCCGUCGCCGACCUUUCAUAGCCGCCGGAGCAGCCCUAGUCGCAAUCGCAGUUUUCCUAAUCGGAUUCGCAGCCGAUCUAGGCUACGCUUCAGGAGACGAUCUCAACAGGAGCGUGAAGCCACGCGCCAUCGCUGUUUUCGUCGUCGGAUUCUGGAUCCUCGACGUCGCUAAUAACAUGCUCCAAGGUCCAUGCCGAGCAUUACUCGCGGAUCUCUCCGGAAACAGCCAGCAAAAAAUGAGAACGGCGAACUCUCUCUUCUCCUUCUUCAUGGCCGUCGGUAACGUCCUAGGCUUCGCCGCCGGUUCCUACACUCGUCUCUACAAAAUCGUUCCCUUCUCCAAAACCCUAGCCUGCGACGUCUACUGCGCCAAUCUCAAGACCUGUUUCUUCAUCGCGAUAAUCCUCCUCCUAACUCUCACCGUAAUCGCCUUAAUUUCGGUUCAAGAACAACCCGGCGGGGCCGGUGCCGGAGCCGCCGUGGACGGCGGAGACGGGGAGAGGUCGGCGCCGUUUUUCAGCAACAUUGUCGGGGCUUUCAAGGAGCUGAAGAAGCCGAUGUGGGUUUUGUUACUGGUUACGAGUUUGAACUGGAUCGCGUGGUUUCCGUUUCUGCUUUUCGAUACUGAUUGGAUGGGUAAAGAGGUGUACGGAGGUGAGGUUGGGAAGGGUAAAGAGUACGAUCUUGGGGUUCGAGCGGGGGCGCUGGGUCUGAUGCUGAACUCGGUGGUUUUGGGUGCGAUGUCUCUUGGGGUUGAGCCACUGGCUCGGGUGUUAGGUGGGGCCAAGAGGUUAUGGGGUUUGGUUAAUUUCUUACUCGCCGUUUGUUUGGUUAUGACGGUGUUAAUUACUAAGUUGGCUGAGAAUAGUCGGGAUGGCUUGCCUCAAACGCCGUUAGCUCCGCCUCCUGCUGUUAAAGCUGGCGCUUUGUCACUCUUUGCUGUUUUGGGUAUUCCUCUUGCGGUUACUUACAGUAUCCCUUUCGCAUUGGCCUCCAUAUUUUCCAGCACUUCUGGUGCUGGCCAAGGGCUUUCAUUAGGAGUACUGAAUCUUGCAAUUGUUGUACCACAGAUGUUAGUGUCGGUUUUAAGCGGGCCAUGGGAUGCCCUAUUCGGAGGAAGUAACUUGCCAGCAUUCGUAGUGGGCGGAGUUGCGGCCGCAGCCAGUGGAAUACUAGCCCUAACCAUGUUACCUUCACCCGCCGCACAACUUGAUCUUCCCGGUGCCAAAAAUGACCGGAAUGCCCUUUCAAUUUCCGCUUCAUUCCAUUGAUGAUCAUUAGACUUUAACAAUAAUAAAAGUUCAAAAAAAAAAAAAAAAACCAAAAAAAAAACCCUAGCUAGCUAAUAACCUACCAGCCUUAGCUAGAGCUUUCUUGCUUAUUAUAAAUUGAUAUAUAUUUUUUUAACCUAGCUUUUAUAAAUAUAAAAAUUGGGUCACAAAAACAUAUAUCAUAAUCAUAAACGUUUUUUCUUGAAAUUUAGAGUAGAGUACUCUCUAGUGUUGAAUUAAUGAAAUGUCACAAAUUCCAAUUCCCAAUUCCUAAUUAUCCUAAUCCAUAUGUAGUAGUGAGUGUGUGUGAAGUAGUAACUAUAGUUGUUGUUGGUGUUGAGUUGGGCAAAUAUAUAUAUAAUAUAUAUUUAUAUAUUGUGUCUGUUUUUAUAAUGAAGACAUAGUAUAUUAAUGUAUACCUAACACCUGCAAAAACAUGUCAGUUCUUUCUUUCUUUCUCUUUCUUUGUUUUUUGUAGCCAUGCGCAAGCAUAUGUUACAAUUCUUCUUUUUAUAUAUAAACCAGAAGAAGUACUUACUUGUUCUAA